AUGAAGAUGACGAUGCAGGAGAUUGCCGACCGUAAGAGGAUCCAGGAGAUGGCUGCUCAGGUCGAGGCUGAGAGUAUGCAUCGCCGACCGGUGUUGGUAGUCACUCCGCCGUUGUCGACGUCACCUCCUACGAGUAAUGACCGUACUAGCGGGAGCAACAGCAGCACCGCUGGAUCAGAGUCCAGUCGCUCGUCUGGUCUGGAGCUCGCCAAUACGCCGGUGAUUCCUCCUCCACGAGGAGGCUCGAUUACACCUCCUGCCAGUGUGUCGGGUGCGUUGGAUAAAGAACAGCUUGUUCAACAGGGGUUCGAUUCCGAUGCUUUACGAACUGUAUACUGUGAAUGGCUGUCUUGGUUGUUUAUGUUGGCUGCCGACAGCGAUAUUCUGUAUGAUGCUAUGAUGGCUUUUUCGUACGGAUUCAUGGCUAUCAAGACUGGUCUUCACAGCCAUCAAAUCAACUCGGAUAUCCACCGUGACAAGGCAUUGUCUGCUUUGCAACAGGAAAUUGCUAAAGACCACAUUGAGAAUACCGAUACUGUACUGGCCACUGCGCUAAUAUUGUCAUGGGACGUGUUUCUCCAGCAAGAGGAUAUCCAGGCUUGUGUCACCCUGUCAAAGGGUGUAGCUGCUGUUCUGGAAAAGGUCGAAAUCACUAAUAGUCAGACUGGUAUGGCCAUUUGUAUGCGAGACGCUAUUAUGCAGGGAAUUAAGUCAAUUAAGAUGCCGUCUUAUAAUGGCGAGUUCUUGCCCGAAUUUUUGGCCCAUUUAGACGGUGUGCGUGAUUUCAUUAGUAGUGGUGUGUCUUUGGGAGUCUGUUCAUCGACUUUGUUGGACGAACACCAGGUAUUGGCUGGUAUUGUUGCCGAUACAAUUGAGUUCCUCGACACACAUACAAGACAGACUGACCAGUCGGGAACUGCAUACUAUCCACCUCAGCUGUUGUUCAAGAUGCUCAGAAGAUGGCUCAGAAUGUUCCCUAGUGCUGCUCUGUGUAGAAGUCUAUCGGGUCAACGCACGACAGAGGAAAUUGUUUUGUAUCUUUAUUACCAUGCGUUUACUCGUGUUCUCGAUGCUCUGUUCCCUGAAGUUCGUUAUAUUUUCCAAUUUGGUUUUAUUGGUCCCAUUGACUUGGUCGGCUAUGAGAGUAUUGUGAUUUCUAACCAACCUGGUUUUACCACGUCUAGCCAUACACCACUUCACUCUCAUUACAACAACAAUGGCCACAGUAUGUUUGUACAACCUUCAUCGCUAUUACAAACGCCUCCUUCUCCACUAGCGAUCUCCUCCUACCACGAUUUGACUGCCUAUCCUCUCAAGGUUUUGACAUUCUUUAAAGAUCGACUACUCAAGCUUAACGAUCUGUUGGUAGCUAGUUCGCCUUUGGAGAAAGAAAACUAUGAGCAGCUUUUGGAGACUCAAGUCACUUCGUUUGACACUACCAACAUCUCACACGAGCACUUCCCGUGCUUGCUUUCCAAUAAUGGCAAGUACGAUGACUUCAAUUUCACAUUUGAUCCCUUCUCGCCCAUUAUCACGCCGCCUUCUGAACCGCUGGAGAACGAUAUCGCCAUGUUGAGCAACCACAAGAAACAAGAGUUCUUCCAAGCGUACUUCACUGACCGAAUGGAAAUUCUACAGAGUAUCUCUAUUUAUUAA